AUCGCUGCGGUAUCGUUGUUUUGGAAAAAGAUGUUUCUUGAUUGCUUUCUGUGAAAUUGCCUGCAUCUCUCGUUUUCGUGGCAAAACAAAAGUGCGCGUUCUUGAAGUUAGAUAAGAUUGACAAAAAAUUUAGUUACUACAGUGGCAAAAAAUAUAUAAGCGUACUUAAUAUCCGUGAAUUUUUCCCAUUUUCCCGUGUGGUUUCCACAAUUUUUCGACCGACAUAACCUUACUCUUAGUGGGUUACAUUUCUCAUUUUCAAGACGAGAAAUUCCAGAAAUGCAUCUGUACUGACCCGCAUUUUACAAGUUAAUAUGAUUUUUACGUUUAUUCAGAACCUCUAGUGUUCUAUUUUUGUUAGAUGGAAGAUUUAUUUCCUGGACGUUUGACAUUCAUGGCUCUCUGGAGGCAGCUUUGCAAUGAGAUCGAUGUAAAUUAUUAAUCAAUCGGCUUUAAAAACAGUGAAUUAAACUGAACGAGGAGAAUAAAGAUGUCAUUCAAGAGUGAAAAUGUUAUUUAUAAAAAUAUUGUGAUGGAAGGAAGUGACGAAAAUGAACUUGACGAAACAGUCAUGGAUGAGGAAGCUGAAGUUGAUCAAAAUAUUAACGUGAUAAAGAAAGAGAUUUCCGAACAUCUCAAUCUUCCAAACUCUUCUUACGGGGACAAAAGCGAUAAUGAAGAUGAUUUCAGAAGAAAUUCGGAAUCAGUGUUCGUUGGAGUUAAGCAAGAAUGGUCUGCGGAAAGCGAAGUCCCAUCAAAAUCCAUGGAAUCGUUUGAUAGCGAAGAUGAAAGAACAGAAUUUUACAUUGAAAAAGGAAGUGAAAUCGAGGAGGAAGAGGAAGAAGAAACUAUAGCUAUGUUUGUCACAGCAUCUGGUCAACAACUAGCUCUUUAUGCAGUAGAAGAUUCAGAUGAUUAUUUUGCAGUUGCUGUUUACGAUGAAUCUGGGGAACCUCCUACAAACUUUCAAUUUCUUAUGAAGUCAGAUGUGGAAAGAUUGAUCAGAGAGGGAGCUGUGAGAACAGUGAAAAAACCAACACAAAUAAAGAAGCACUUAGUGACUGCUCAACCGCCAAUACUCACACAUACGGAGGAAAUUACUGGAGACGUGAUAGCUAGAGCAGAGAGUCAAAUAGAAUCGAUUAAUCGUCGACAGGCUGAAAACAGGAAAGCAAAAAUUACACCUAAUUAUGCGAAACAAGUGAACGAAGGUUUUUCAGCGCCAAAAAUCAUUUCUCUAGAGGAUUCAGAGCACGAAGAAGAGCUUGUUGAACAGUCAACAGUGCAGUACAUUCUUUGCGAUGGAGACCAAUCCGAUGCAGAGCUGACUUUCGAUGAUAUUCAAGCGACCUUUCAACGAACGAAAGCAGCCGAUCAGAAAUCGCCAAUAAGCAAACCUCCAGUAAAGAAACUUCCUGAACGCAAGAUAACAAACAACGGUUUAGUGUACAUAACUUCGCCUCCUAUCCGAAACACCAGCUACAGAGGAGCUUAUUACCCCUCGAAAGCUUUAAAAGCCGAAGAGCAAUCACCAUCACUUCAGCCUCCUGUGAAAAGAUCUCACAUAUCCAACACUUCUAUCAUCGGAUCGAAACAGAACCACGGAAUCAAGCGAGAACUUUCGCCGGCGUCUGAUCAUUUCACGCCCAAUACAUCGGCAAACCUCUCAGGCAGUUUGUCAAUUACCAACUCUCAGUCUAAAGUCAAGAGAUCGAGAAAACAGCAGUUGACUUCCGUGAAUAGAGAAGAUUCCGAGAUAAUAAUACAACCGGCUUCCAUGUUACAAGACGAGGACGAGGAGCCAACCCCGAGGAAGAAAGGAAAGCGAAGAAAGAAAACAGCUGUUCAUGAAAAGUCAUUAAAAGCCGCAAGAAAAAGUAAAAGACGACGUUCGCGAGUGGAAAUCAUUGAUAUAGAUGCUGAGGAGGACGAUUCCGACGAGACUUCUCAAGAGAAAGAAAUAUUAGAAAUUACCCUCGAUGAGAAUAAAGAGAAGGGCUCGAGUGACAAAGAAAAUGAGGUGAUCAUGGUUGGGGAUUCGGAUGAUGAAGAGGCGGAAUCUUCGCAGGCUAUUUUUAUGAAAUGCAAGCAUUGUUCGAAGAACUUCAAGCUACGCCGAGCUUUUGAUUCUCAUGUAAAGUUAUGCGCUAAAUUAAGAAGCAAGUCUCGUAGGUUGAGUAGCAGACGCACCAGAGCUGAUUCAGAUAGUGAAGAAGACGAAGAAGAUGACGAGGAUAAAAGUUCUAAAAAAAUAACUGAAAGGAAAACUUCGAUGGACAGUUCAAAAGGGCAAAGUUCUAAGGAAAGUUCAAAAGAGAAGAAUUCUAAAGGAAAUAAUUCGAAGGAAAAGAAGAGUACAAAGACAAAAAAGCAGUUUCCCUGCAAAACGUGCGAUGAGAAAUUUGAUAUGGUGGUGUCAUUAGCGCGACAUGUUCGUGCUGAGCACUCUGCUAAAAAAAGAGGGAGACCAAGUAAAUCUGAAACUGAGAAAACUGCAAAAGCGAAAAUGCAAAUGCACGUUGAAGUGACUAGAGGUGUUAAUAAAAAAACUCAGGAGAAAAAAGCCGUAGAUCCGAAACCGAAAGAAAAAACUACACCAAGGAGAGAAGAAAAGUCAGAGAAAGAUGUACCCGAAAAAGAAGAGAUGCCAGGGGAAAAACAGCUACCACAAGAAGAAAAGCUGGCGGAUGAAGAAGAAGCGUCGAAGGCAGCUAAAGUUAGUGAAGCUAAGGCAGUAAUGCCAUCGAGCAAAAAGAAAUUGAUCCCCAGUCUUAAUCGCAAGUGGAGACCGACGGAAUUGACUUGUUUCAACUGUAGUCGAUGGUUUUCAAGCGCUAUCGCAUUCGAAAUUCACAGUCUGCAGCACGUGACCAAAAAAUCUGCUAAGAGAGUUUACCGCUGUCGAAUUUGCAAACAACUCUUCAAGUCCCAAUUCCUUUUUUCCAAACAUAAGAGGAUGCAUGCCAAAGCCAAGAAGAAUUUAGCUUCUGAAAAGAAUGAGACUUCGGAGAAAACGCAGAGUGAGGAAAAGGCCGAAAGUACAGUAUCCGCCAAUAGAGGUCGUGGUAGACCGCGGAAGCUCAUAUCAAAGAUUUAAUUCACACAUCACCACGCUAGAGCAUUCAAUUACGAAUUUUUCCCAUUCAACUUUAGAGUCUCAAAGACUUUGACCGAUGUUCAGGUGAACAGUAGAUCUUGAUUUCAACAAAAUUUUAGCUUUAUUUAAUAUAAAUUGUGAACCGUAAGAGGUUCUUGCCUUAACAUUUUUUUGUGAGUCCGUAGUGUUCCGAUGAAUUCAUUUUUUUGGUGUUUCUAUUGAAGGAUUCUUCACUUCAUUUGACAUUAUUUGUUUGAGUCCUAUGACUUCUGAAUUUUCGGUACGAGUAAUUUGUUGGAAAUUCUAAUUGUAAGUACGACAGGUGGAUGAGCUACACUCGUUUUAUAGUCGUUAAAAAGUUAUGGAACAUUAGUUUUAUUAGGUUAUCGAUUUUUUCGCAAUAAAUAUUUCAAUGUAACAUUAUUUAAGUGGUAUGCAGUCGAUUAUUGUAAUUGUAAAUAAUAAAAGAACGUACUCUUAAAAGAGUUAUUUGGAAUCACAGCAUAUUAAUAAAUUAAGUAUGUUUAUAUGGCAUAGCGACUCAUACGAUGUAGCGAGGUACUUCGCUUGUAAUAUUUUGAAAAUAGAAGGUCAGAUUAAAAUUUAAUAUCUAUGC